UAACAACUGUAAGCGGCAGCCAUUGUAUUUUUUAUCUAUCACCGCCAUAUUGAAUUACUGAAAUAACUGGAACGUAAAUUGGGUUACCGUGACGGAGAGUGGUAGAAGAGCAAUUCAUUAGAUCAUAACCUCAGUGCAUAAAAUCAAGGACUGUCAGCUUAAGAGUAAAGCGUAGAAAAAGGAAUAGACACAAGGUCUCUGACAUAGAGAAAGUCCAUGAUGCGUAUAUAAUAGCAGUAGAAGAUGAGGCAAAGAAAAAGUUGGACAGUUUUACAUCAGACCAGCAGGUGUGUGCAGUGGAUAUGAGCUUGGUCCCCUCCACCAGCAGCACUAGCAGCACCCACACUUCCACUGUCUACCAAGUCCCUGAGGCUAAAGAACUCAUACUGUCUGUCACCAAUUGUACCAGUAAACAUUCAGCUCCCAUGCCAGGAGAGAAGAAAAAGAGCAGCAAUGGACACACCUCUCCACACAGGGAGUCCAGUAGCAACAAUGGAGAGUGGGUAGAGAUGAAUGGUUUCAGGGAUCAGGAAGUAACAACUAAAGGCAAAGGUAAAUACCGCAACAUUGAUGACAGUCCUGACUCUCCUAUCAUAAAUGACUUUUUAACAAACGGCUCAGCAAACAUGAGCAACAAAAAUGACUUUGACAGCCAUCUUGGCAGAUACAGCAAUGGCGGCCACACCCAGCUCAGCUAUGACAGCAGGGACAGCUCGUUUGAUCAAGAUCUUGAUGACCCUGGCCCACAUCGGGAAAUGGCCAUCGAUGUUCCAGAAAAUUUUGUGGCAAGUGUUAAGUCACCUCCACGCUACCCCCCACCCAUGCCUCGGUCUCACCCUGUGACCUCACCAACAAAGGCUAAGGUGGACAACUCACAAACUAACUCUAAGAACAUUAACUCCAAGGCUAAGUCAAGUAAUCAGCCUGCCAUUCAGCCCACACCGCAAGAACUGGAACGAUUACAUCGACACCAAGAAGAUUUAAAGAAACGACGGGAAGAGGAACAAAGACAGCAAGCAGAGCAGGAAUUCUUGAGGGCAUCUUUACGUGGCUCUAAGAAGCUGCAAGCUUUAGAAAACAAGCGGCCAUUAGGCCCAGCACCCUCUGGUUUUGUCAAUACAGCAUUUGAUGAUGAGGAUGAUGAUGAGGAUGAAGAAGGGUUGGAUGACACUGUGGACAAGUCUCAUUUAACACAGUCUUCUGAUGGCAUGGUUGAGGAGCGGUACCUGAAAAAAAAUAUUUGUGUAGAAGAUUUAUUCUCAAGUCUUCAUCAUAUUAGAAAUUCUCUGAGCAGCCAUGAAGAUCAAAAAUAUAUUUCACUUGUGCGCAUGCUCUUUCAAAAAGACCAGUUUCAGAGAGCAGUCAACAUCCAUAAUCAGAUGGUGGAGAUAACAUCCCGGUCCCCGCCCAUCAAGCCAGUCACAGAUGACACAAGAAAACUUGUGGAUGACCUGAGACGGCUGACAGACCACACAGCCAAGAAUUCUUAUGCACAGGAGCUGAAUGCCUUAAUGAACAAAACACAUUUGAGGAGCCUACUGGAAGCCCACGAUAUAGUGGCCCACCAAACGUUGCAAGCAAUAGAAAACAUAGACCUGUCCGGGGAACCUCUGGAUUACCCUCUGGUCCAGUAUGGGGAGGACAGUGUCAAGAUCAUCCACCUGGAGAAAACUAAUGAACAUUUGGGAGCCACUGUGAAGAAUGAAGGGGAGUCGGUUAUUAUUGCCCGCAUAGUCAAGGGCGGAGCUGCAGAGAAAAGUGGUUUGUUGCACGAGGGAGAUGAAAUUCUGGAAGUCAAUGGCAUUGACAUGAGAGGCAAGAACAUCAAUGAUGUUUCAGAGAUGUUGGCCAAUAUGUCUGGUACAAUCACCUUCAUGAUCAUCCCAGGCCAUCAUCCAAUCACAGAGAAUGUUCAGCGUUUGAAUAGUGUGAUGCACUUGCGAGCUCUUUUCUCAUAUGACCCUGAGGAUGACCCAUAUAUUCCAUGCCGUGAACUUGGGAUUAGCUUUCUAAGAGGUGACAUACUGCAUGCAAUAGCACUGGAUGACCCUAACUGGUGGCAAGCUUUCAGGGAGGGGGAGGAAGAGGACCAGUCACUGGCUGGAUUAAUUCCUAGCAAAUCUUUCACAGAACAACGAGAAGCUAUGAAAAAUUCCUUGGAAAAUAAAGAAAAUAAACGCAAGGGUAGAGUCUGUGCAUGUGGAAGAAAAGAAAGAAAGAAGAGGAAAAAAAAGAAGCUUCUCUACAAUGGUUCCUCAGAAGACAGUGAAGAAAUUUUGACCUAUGAGGAAAUUGCCAAGUAUUAUCCUCAACCCAAUAGGAAAAGACCUAUUGUCUUGAUUGGACCAUCAAAUGUUGGACGCAAUGAACUGCAGCACAGACUGCUAGACACUGAUCCAGACAGAUUUGGAACUCCAGUUCCACACACGACCCGCCCACCACGAGCAAACGAGGCAGUCCUGACAUAUCAUCACAUCACAAAGGAAGAAUUCAACUUGAUGGUCCAGCAGAACCACUUUGUUGAGUAUGGUGAGCACCAGAAGUGCCAGUACGGCACAUCAUUUGAUGCCAUCAGAGAUGUCAUAUCGUUAGGCAAGGUUUGCCUGCUAAAGCAGCAGCCAGAGACUCUAAAAGUUAUGCGGUCAUCUGAUUUGAAGCCCUAUAUAAUAUUUGUCCGCCCCCCAAAUCUGGACAAAUUAAGACAGUUACAAGAGCAGUUGGACAAAGUUCGACCACUGGAGGACAUGGACACCAGAAGGACAGUUUUUUCUGAUGAACAGCUGAAGGAAAUAAUUGACAAGGCACGUGAGAUGGAGGAUCUUUAUGGACAUCUGUUUGACUUUGUUCUGGUCAAUGUUGAUCUGGACAGGGCUUAUGCUGAGCUACUGGAGGAAAUUAACAGAAUAGAAAUUGAACCCCAGUGGGUCCCUGCGUCCUGGAUUGAACACUUGUGAUAUGUUUCCUUCAAAGAGGUCUUUGUUGAGUAGGAGGAGCUGAAGGGACAGACAACUGUUGGGAGAAAUAAACUUUGUGGUGCCUUGUGUUUGAGCUCAGAUUUGGUCAAAAGUUUUAUACCUUGUACAGUUGAACAAAUUAUCAUUUAUCAUGCAUUUACCCAACCUUUUAAGGAAAAAAUACUCUUUUUUAACCUGUUGUUGAAGUCGGAAAAUCAGACCUGAAUCAUGUGACUGCCUGUAAACAAAGGGGCGUGGUCAUUGCUACCAUAGUUUCCUAUGUAACUGUUUUGUCCAGAAGUCUAUUUUAACAGCAUUCCUUUCUUUCUCCUUUUAAAAUUCCAAAUUUAUUUGGAAUAAUAACUUUGUCACAAAACUUAAGUUUCUCAACUCUUGUGUAUUUUAUUUCUACAUAACAUUGUUUUGUUACUCAUGAAAUUUUCACCUGGUCAAAUCAAUAUUUAUUUAUAUAAUACAUUUUAUACACUGAUUCAUUCAAACAGUUACUCUGUAAAUAUUGUGUUUUUAUCAAAUGGAAUCAUUUCUUAAGCAGUGACUAUUUCAAGCAAAGCAAUUUAAUCAGCUAAAAUUUGUAAUUCAGAAUUUACUUUACCAUUACAACCAUUUUUAGUGAACUCAGCUUGCUAAUAUCAAUAUACUAAUAUAACAAAGUAGAAUAUCUUAAUUUUUUUGUUUUGAUUAAAACUUAAUGAGUUUGGGACUAUCAUUUAAAAAUUGGUACAGUUAAAAUCUUCACUCAUGAACCUAUUGUCUAUGUGGGAGUAAAAAAAAUGUCAUUUUAAACUGCUCAUUAGUUUUAUAUUACAACGUUGAGUAAUAGUAAUUACAAUGCAUAAAAAUAUUUCUUUUUCUAUGGCAGCGACACUGGCAGAUAUAGCCUAGACACAAUGGUUGUGGAUCCCUGCUUAAAAGUUCCGUUAUAAGAUACUUAACAUGUUCUUUUAAAUUCAAGAAGUUUAACUAUGUAUAUAAGGUCACACAACUUAUGUAUUAUAACCUAAUUUAAAUUAUUUUUUUUACACAUGUAUCACAGAUUUUCAAAACUUGCAAACAGUAGGGAAUUGUAUUAUAGGAUGAAGGAUGCCAAGUGCAAUAGAAAAUCUUUUCAUUGUAGACCAUUAGGCUUAGGCUGACCUCAACAAAUUAGUGAGCAUUUAUAAUGAAUUGUACUAAAGCUAGUUGUGAAAAGAUGGCCAGAAAUACCUUUGGUUGUGACCUACGUUCCCUCUAAGGGUAAAUAGCUAGUCUACAACGUGUAUUUUGUGUGCGCUGUGUUCUAAAAGUCUUGUACAAGAAUAUAUAUAUUUUGGAAAACUACUGCUCGGCAGUCCAAAACAACUGCUGGCCGCACAGCUUAGAGUGAACAUUGGUUGUGACAUGACCUGUGAUAAUAGACACCGGUAUGUAAAGUCACAAAUCACUUUUAUUGAAGAAAGCUGUACUUUAAAAUAAUUUGAUUAUUCUAAAUAUAUUUUUUACUGUAGGCUACUUACAUUCAUCAUUACAGCAGUGUAUUAUAUUAGGUAUCAUGCACACAUUAUAUACGUUUGGGAGGGAGGGGGGUUCUUUAGAUUUUUUUUUGUCUUUAUAUUAUUUUAGCAGUAUAGAAUAAUUGGAUGUCGUGAUUGAACAAGUUGACAUUUCUCAUUUUCUCCAAAAAAGUGCUAAGAUUCACUUUACAUUUUAUUUAGAGCACACAUAUUUGAUGAAAUGGUAUAAAAUAUAAGGGUGUUGAGUAAAAAAAAAUAUCACAUUUUAGUGUUAAUCUGUUAAAUAUGUGCAAGAUUCCUAAAGCUGAUUUAUUUUCUUAAAGAAAUAGGGUAAUUAUACACAAGCUUCUGUGCUUUUGAAGUACAGAAAUGGACAGAUAAAAUGGAUGAAUAUUUUAAAGUAUGCAAGCUUUUAAAACUCCUUUAGUAGCUGCUUCUAAAAAUGCAACAUUUAAUUCAGUUCAUGCUUGAAAAUAGUAUUGAAAGAAUAUUCUCCUGUGAUUUAAUGUCUGGACUAUUUUAUAGGGGUGAUGUCAGUAAUCACUGGAGUUUUCAGUCUAGAAUAAGUUUGUAUUGGAGGCUAUCCUUGUUUUAUAUUCACUCACUAGUAAACAGAUCAGUAGUAAACAGCAAGGUGAUGUUAUUUUAACAUUUGCUGUAGAUGUUAUUUUAACAUUUGCUGAAGUUGAUGUUAUUUUAACAUUUGCUGUAGAUGUUAUUUUAACAUUUGCUGUAGGUGAUGUUAUUUUAACAUUUGCUGUAGAUGUUAUUUUAACAUUUGCUGUUGGUGAUGUUAUUUUAACAUUUGCUGUAGGUGAUGUUACUUUAACAUUUGCUGUAGGUGAUGUUAUUUUAACAUUUGCUGAAGUUGAUGUUAUUUUUAACAUUUGCUGUAGAUGUUGUUUUAACAUUUGCUGUAGGUGAUGUUAUUUUUAACAUUUGCUGUAGAUGUUAUUUUACAUUUGAUGUAGGUGAGUGAUGUUAAUUCAACAUUUCAUCUUGAUAUAUUUUAACAUUAGUUUGCCUUAAAAAUUUCUAAUGCUUUUAAAAUGUUUUGUAAUAUACUGUGUAAUAUAUGUAUAUAAAAAAAUCAAAGUGUUGAUAUUAAACUAUUUAGUAGGUGUGCACAUAUUUGUAUUUCCCAUAUUACUGGUGGGUCAUUAGCAAACUCGAAAGGUCUGACAAUGAAAGUUUGGAAACUGUCAUGGAGUCCACCAAUGCCAUUUUGAACUGUCAUGCUGUUAUGUGCCUAAAUGUAGUCUUUUUACUUAUAUAUACAUCAAACACCAUUUUUUUAAAUUGAAAAGUUAUCCCAUGUGGAAUGUCAACUUCAUCCUCCGUUUAUUAUUGUUUUACUAAACACUGGUACAUAACCCAGAUUUGUGACUUAAGUUAUAACAAUCACAUUAGGACUUGAACUUAGUCAUGCCAUAUUUUAUCAGAUUUUCUGAAUUUAGUUGUGUCAUGUAUUAUAGGAGAGAUGGUUAAGUUGUUCAUGUCUUGUGUUAUAUGAGAGAUAAAGUGAGUCAUGUCGUGUUAUACGAGAUGUCAUUAGAGUAUGAUCACAUGAAUGAUGUCUGUCUGUAGAGUAGAAUCCUGUGUAUGGCAUGUGUUUGAUGUUUCAGAAUUUAUAAACCAAAGAUAUCCAGCGUACUAAGGUUUUUAUUUGCUAGAGAAAUCUUAAAACUAAUUAAGCUGUCUUCCAAAUGAUUGUCUCAAAUUUGCACAGACUAAAACAUUUAGCAUGUAACCUGUGGAUUUGUUUCUACCAGUUUUGUUCCUAACAGGGUUUUUGUUUUAAUAUUUACUGUAACAUAAAAAAUGUAAACAUUUAAUGGUAUUUGUUGCUGUUAAGUUAAAAAGAAUCGUAAAAUCUUAAAAGGCCUAUUCUUUUUAUUACUUGGGGUUGAAUACCACUUGCAUUUUGAAAGCUACAAUUGUGUUAUUCCAUCUUUUGGCUGUUAUAUCAGAAGCAGCUAACUCAAUUAAGAUCAAUUGUCCACAAUUAUAUUAGCUUUGAUAGGGACUUGCACAGAAAUGAAGAGGACCUGCUUCAUCCCUUCCAUGAGCAUCCAGAAUUGCUUGAACCCUUAGCUGAAUUAUUGUCAACAGUUAUUUUUGUAUUUUUUUCUCCCACCUCACUGUGUAGAUGUAACAUUCCAAAUAUUAGAACAAAAUACUCCUUAGUGAUGCUAUUUAUUUUGUAGACUUUUGCACGACUCUUUGUUCUACUGCCCCUUGUAAUCAGAAAGUGUUGUUUGUUUGAAAUAUCUACCAUGUGAAUUGUUUGAUAUUUGAAUCAUUAUUCAAAUAUUUCAGUGAUCCAUUUACAGGAGAGCAUAUCAAAUGUUGUAUCCAUGAUUAAUAAAAUCAUAACUAUAUAAAACAAUAAAAAUGACUCAAAUAAC